AUGGAUGGAUGGAUGGAUGGAUAGAUGCACAUGAAAGACUAUCUGUGUUUGUGUGGUUUAUCAUCAGACACUCCACGGAAGCAGCGGCGCGAGAGAACCACCUUCACGCGCGCGCAGCUCGACAUCCUUGAGUCACUGUUCGCCAAGACACGAUACCCAGACAUCUUCAUGAGAGAGGACGUAGCUCUCAAGAUCAACCUGCCCGAGUCCAGAGUCCAGGUGUGGUUUAAGAACCGUCGUGCGAAGUGCCGUCAACAGCAGCAGCAACAGACCAGCGGCCAGACCAAACCCAGACCGCCGAAGAAGAAGUCGUCUCCGGCCCAAGAGCCCAGCGUCAGCGAGCCCAGCACCAGCACCAAUGGCCCCUACAGCCCUCCGCCUCCUCCGGCCCCGAGCUCCAGCUCCACCAGCGCCACCGUGUCCAUCUGGAGCCCGGCCUCCAUCUCUCCGCUUCAGGACCCGCUGUCGGUCUCCAGCACGCCCUGCCUGCAGCGCUCCAGUGCCUACCCCAUGACCUACACCCAGGCCCCGGCCUACGGGCAGAGCUACGCCGCCUCCUCGUCCUACUUCACCGGGCUGGACUGCAGCUCGUAUCUGUCCCCCAUGCACCCGCAGCUGUCGGCCACAGGGGGCGCUCUCAGCCCCAUGGGUGCAGCGCUCAGCCAGUCGCCCGCCUCGCUCUCGUCGCAGGGCUACACGGCCGCUUCGCUGGGCUUCGGCGCCGUCGACUGCUUAGACUACAAAGACCAAACGGCCUGGAAGCUCAACUUCAACGCUGCGGACUGCCUGGACUACAAGGACCAGAACUCCUGGAAGUUCCAGGUCCUGUAGAGCAUCUAGAAUAAGCUUCGCUGCACUUCUAAAAGGCUCCAAAGUGGGGAGGUUUUAGCAGCGAUGCCAUAAAUGGACCAUUUUUGGUUCCCCAAAGAACCUUUGUGUGAAAAGUGUAAAGAAUCUGCUGAAAACAAUUUGAAAUCCUCAGUGUCGGGGGUAGCGCAUUACAAGUAACGCGAGUUACGUAAUCAGAUUACUUUUUUCCAAGUAACUAGUAAAGUAAUGCAUUACUUUUUAAUUUACAAUGAAAUGUCGGAGUUACUUUUUCAAAUAAGAGUUACUUUGUUUUCCGUCAGCUUGAGGCUUAUUAAUAUCACUUUUGGUAUGAAAGGGCCUUUAGAGUUGGCAAAAAUAUAUCUUUUGUGUUUUUUGUUACUAAAAAAACAAAUAAGCAAGCCCAGCCAAAAAGUAACUCAAAAGAAACGCAUUUCCAUAAAAAGUAACUUACGCAAUUAGUUACUUUUCUCAUGGAGUAUAGCAAUAUUGUAAUGGAUUACUUUUAAAAGUAACUUUCCCCAACACUCAUAUAUAACUUGUAAUGGUUUUAAUGGUUAAAAUGGGAAUUGUAUUGGUUUUAAUGGAAACUGUAAUGGUCGCCUACUGGUAAUUUGUUGCCUUGUAUUAGUGGCGUGUUUAAAACACUGAAUACUGAUGGAAUUUGGCCCAAAACUCACUACUUUCAAAAAUAAAGGUCCAAAAUGGGUUUUAUUUGCAGUGAUGGCAUAGAAGAACCAUUUUUGGUUCCCCAAAGAGCCUUUCAGUGAAGAGUUAUUAAAAUAAAAAAAUGUUCUUAGUGUGAGGAGCAUUUUAAUCAUCUAAAGAAACUUUUUUCACUAUAAGGAACCUUUUGUAGAAUGGAAAGGUUCCAUGGAUGUUGAAGGUUCUUCAUGGAGCCAUUGAUGAAGAACCUUUAUUUUCAUGAAUGUGGAUCACAUAAUGCCCAUAUUCUGAACCAUUUGGACGACAUGGAUAAACGUACAGCUGAUGGUCCAGUGUAGAUGGAGAUGUUUCUUACUGUCUGUCUUGAUUAUUUAUGAAUAGCACUGAAUGACGUGUAGCUGGUAGAUGAUAGAGAAAUGAACACCGCUCAAAUGUUUAGUGCAGUGAAACAGUGAUAUACACCUCAACACGGUUCGAUGACAAUCAUCAUCUGAACUGCUAAAGUCUUGUUGUUCUAGGAGGUGUAUCAUUAGGCUAGAUGAUGUUUCAGCGUUCAGAAUCCCAAAUGUUUGUCUAUAAGCUGCUUUUGAAACUGAAGAACGAACCUGAGACUCAGAGACUCCAGGAGCAAAGCAUGCUGGGAUUCCAGUAUAAGUCACAUGACACGUGAACUCUAGCGCUCACUAGAGCUGAAGAUGUUUCGUUUAUGUUUUAUAUGUUUUCUUAAUUGAUAUUAUGAUUGGAUCAAGCAUCUGUUGUUUCUUCUACAGUUGUUCUAAAACUGUGACACAUUCAGUAUUUCCUGUCAUUUCCACGGCUGUGAUUCUGAAACGUCAAGCUGUACUUGAAUGAAUCAUGUGUCGAGUUGCAUGGAAUUGAACAACAGAAUCUCUCAGUCUUGACGUUUAGAUGCUGCCAACAAUCAGCGUUUGUUUUCUUGUCAAUCUCAGGGGUUUCUGACGCUCACAGACGCAGAGCUUUCAUCGGCUCAUUAUGCUCGUUUGUAAAUCAGCGCUCUUUUCUGAUGUUAGAUUCUGUCUUUGUUUGUAAUGUCCUGCUUUUCAUUGUGUUUGCAUUUAGAGUCUUGUAGUUUUGAGACUUUUAAUGAAUUAUAAAUAAAUAAUUUCUUUCCAUAAAUACAAGACAGGUUGGUUUU